AUGAUCCCGAAGACGUUCAUUACGGUGAUCCUUUAUGCAACUGCGAUGUCAGUGGCCAGCGAGCAAUGCGAAGAUGGCUCAUUGAACCAACACCUCUGCCAAAAGAAGUGUAAUUUUAGCCAUUGUUCCUGUAAAAUGACAGAAACAACUCCAUUUAGCAGCUGUUCACAAAACUGCAAUUUUCUUUCUUCGUGUCCAACAAUGGCCUGUUCUGGUAAGUAAGCAUUGAGAUGUCUAUUGCUUAAGCUAAGAGAAGAAAGCCUUACAGAUAAGAAAACAUAGAAAACAUUUUGGUUGCUCUGUGGCGCUUCACGAGCACUAAAUGUGACCGGCUCUCCAAUCCACCGAUCAUGCUCUCUACUCUCAACGAUCUUAAGGCGCCUUUUUUGAGGAUUUUUUCCUUUACUCAACCACACUGAUACACUGCAUAAGUUACAGAAAAGUUCAUAAUUACAUAAUAAAGAAUUAGGAAAGAGGAAGGAGACGAAGAGCAUCUAACACGUAUAACACAUGCAUUUUAAAAAUAUAAUGGCCUGACUGUAUAACUGACUAAGGUACUAAUCAUUUGUCACAACUGGCUGGCCACAGCAGGGUAGUCCUAAGGAGAAUUUCCUGAUUAAUCAGGGCUAUCCAGACAGGUUCGGUUGAUUCCUAAAUGGUAUGAUGAUGGGGUUUAGUCAAGGAAAUUUUUUAAAAAAGUGACUAAUAUUUUAUUUUCAAAAUGACCGGGUUGGGUGGCCUGGUCUGACUUUCCGAAAGGGCCCUUAAUCUACUUUCAGAAUAGAAAAACCUCUGGGACCAGAGUAAGAUCGUGGUGGUAACACAGGAAAUAGUGAACGCUUGUUCGCCCGAAAAUUACACUUGUACUACAGGCGAUAACAAGAAACAAGAACCAGCAGUAGAAUAACCCAGAAACACGGGACACAGGCUAAGCUAUCCUGUAGGGUCACAAAAACGCAAAUUUUCGAUUUCAAUUUCCCUGUGCUAUGUAACAGAAAAGAAGCCCGUUUCCUCAAGCUAUCCCAACCAACUCCCAGCCGGUUGAAGUGCUCUGUAAUGACAACGGUUAAAGAAAAGAUAGCACCUGCUCCUGGUUUAGGCUUGGAAAAGGGUGACCAGCUUUAGGUCCCGGCGAUCAAAGCGAAAUUACAGAGGCCCGAUCGAGAAGUCCAAGGAUCUAUUUACUCUUUCGUUCAAUUCCUUAACCGUAUACCUACUCUUUUUUGUUUGUUGACCACUAAAGGAUGGUGCGUCUUAUAUGUUUGUAGUCGGGUACCACUGCAUGCAUGACGGGAAGGCAGCCUCUCCCGCAAUACUGUCCACGCAGUCUCCACAUUUAUGAUGGAAUGAUAUAAUUGCUACCUUUGCUAUGGAUAGCUGUUACAACGCCAAGAAUAACGUAUUCAAGCAAUUGUUCUUUUAGAUCGUGAACAGGAAAUUAACGUGCUGUGCUUCUAACUUCAGGUAGAAAUGUGUGCGCACAGAAGUGCUUCUUCGGAAUGUGUAACAUGAAUUGUGCUUCCAGUAAGUUAUGCUCCCAGUCGUGCGUAUGGAAGGCAAAAUGUCGUCACAUCAAGUGUUCGGCUUCCACUUGCAACCAGGUCUGCACCAACUGCACCAUGGAGUGCGUCAAAGGAGUAGAAAGAUGUGAUCAGAUGUGCUUAGGAGGAGAGUGUCGAAUGGAGUGCUUUGCCCAACACUGUAAGAGGCAAUGUGUUAAAGGAAAAUGUUACUACAUUGGACAGUCACAGAGCAUGGCACCGAUUAUUUAUGGCUGGAUUUGGAUUUUUACAACAGGCGUUUUUAUGCUUCUGCUAAACACCUGA